AAAGAUGCGUCAGCUGAAAGAGCAAGAAAUGAAAUCGGUGAUUGAGAAGUUGAUGAAAUACAUCGGAGACAAUGUGCGGAAACUAAUCGAGAGAACAGAUCACCAUUACAGCUUCAGGUUGCACAACGACCGCGUGUUUUACGCCAGAGAAGAUGUCAUCACUGCCGCAAUCACAGUCCCACGCAAAAAGAUCAUCUCAGUCGGAACUUGCAUUGGAAAGUUCACAAAAACAGGAAAAUUCAAACUUCUAAUAACCGCUUUGCCAGUAAUUGCUGAUUACGCACAGUAUAAAGUAUGGCUCAAGCCCAGUUCAGAGCAAUCUUUUUUGUAUGGCAAUCACGUGACUAAAGGGGGCUUGGGGCGUAUCACAGAAAAUACACCGGCGUAUGCGGGUGUUGUCGUGUAUUCGAUGGGCGAUGUGCCGCUGGGUUUCGGAGUAUCAGCGAGGUCAACAGCUGAUUGCAGAAGAGCCCAACCGAUAACGAAUGUUUUGCUGCAUCAGAGUGAUGUGGGAGAGUACAUUCGGUCCGAGUCAGAACUGUUGACCUAAAUCGAAUUGUUUUGUUGUUUUUACUCUCGUGAGAAUUUAAUUCUUCAAAAGAAA